AAGCGGAUGUGGAAGGCGGAAUGUUUUCAGAAACGCACAGGCUGCCAUGUAGGACUUUGUGAACGUUACAUUACACGGAAGAACGAUUGUUGUUGUGGUUCAUUCCCUCUCAUUCUGAUUAAAGUUACUAUUUAAGAUUAAAAUGUGAUAGAAAUGGCGGACGCAGCGGGAUAAGAUCUGAAUUUGACUGAAGGAAAAUGGAGGCGAGGUUCCGUAGCGAAGUGGCGUCAAUCGUGGAAGUCGCCAUUCAGACGAUUGUGUCCGUUUUCAGGGAUGUCUGGGCGAAAGAGGCGCCAAACAUAGAGUGGGAGGAGGCGAAGUUCAGCGAAAUUCAGGAGAUAGAGAAGUGUCUGGUGGUCCAGAUCCACAAAGUGUUCACGGAGUUCUCCUCGGAGCUGUUUGAGGAGAAUGAGGCUCUGCGGGCCAGAGUGGAGCAGCUGGAGGAUGUGCUGCAGAGGAAAGCCGGGCAGCUGGAGCAGGAGCUGGAGGCCAGAGUGGGUCAGCUGGGCAGAGAGAUGGAGCAGCUGGAGAAGGAGCUGAAGAGCAUCAGUGAGGGCAGCAACAACACGCAGGGAGGCCCGGCCCACAUCCUGCCGCAGGACGGCCCAGUUACAGGAGCAGCGGUGUUGUCUGGUUCUGCUGUGCCCCAGGUUACCGAGAAGGAAUCCACGUCCAGCCCGCCGCCUUCAGCGGGAUCUACUGAAACUGUUCCCAGUUCAUCUGAUGUGUCUGCGACCGUCCCUAAACCUGCCAUCGCCCCGAUGGUGUUUGUCGGCAGAGUCAGCUCCGCUCCCACCGUGCUGUUUGUGGGUGCCAGCGAACUCGUCACCCAGGCCCCCACGCCAUCGUCGACUGAAACGACGGGAGUAGCGCAGCUUAUCGUGAAACCAGCAGCGCUGCCGAGGUCUGUGCCUCAAGACGCCCCCAGUCCAAACUCGAGGUCUGCUGAACAGCCACCAUCUGCUGGAACGAGGAGAAACAGGAGAGGAACUUCUACAGCUGAAGAAGGUUCUGCUGACAACAGCGCUGGAGAGAAAAGCAUCACGUCUGGCGGAGUGCAGGGGGAAAGGCUUAAAAAGAAGGAGGCGCAGGCGGUGAAACGGUUCUCCUGUGAGCAGUGCGACGUCAGUUUUCAUUGGAAAAGUGAAAUGAAGAAACACAUGAAGGUCCACAAGAAGCCUUUUCCUUGUGCGCAGUGUGGCAGGAGCUUCCUUGAAAAGAAGUCUCUGGAAAAUCACCUUUUACGUCAUCAGACGAGCAAAGCCCCCUUGCCCUUCCCCUGCCCUCGGUGUAAACGAUCGUACCGCAAAGAGCUGUCGCUUCAGAAUCACCUCAAGCGUCACCAGCGGUCCAAACCACCAAAGCCGUUCACCUGCGAUCAGUGCGGGAAGACAUUCAGAAUUAAACAGUCGCUGGAAAACCACCUCUUGCGCCACGAGAAGCGGAAGCAGACGCUGAAGUGCCAGCUUUGUGACAAGACCUUCAAGACGUCGGUGCAGCUGAAAAGUCACAUGGCCGUGCACUCGGAAGAAAGGCCGUUCAGCUGUGCGACAUGUGGGAAGGAGUUCAAGAGUAAAGACACCCUGCGCUUCCAUCAGAAGGUUCACACCAACACCAGAAAAUACAAGUGCACCAUGUGCGACGAGACUUUCAAAUAUGCCCACUCCCUGACCGUGCAUAAGAGGAAACACACGGGCAUCACUCCGUUCAUAUGCACCGUGUGCAACAGGUCGUACAGGACGGGCACUGCUCUGAAGAGGCACAGCGUGGUCCACACCGGGGAGAAACCGUUCACCUGUCACAUCUGUGGAGCGAGGUUCAGCCUGAAUAACAACCUCAAGAGGCACAUUCGAAUUCACACCGGAGAGAAGCCGUUCACCUGCCAGGAGUGUGGCAAGAGCUUCUCCGACAACACCAAGCUCAAGUCACACAUGCUCAUCCACGGCGCCAGAAAGCCUUUCAUGUGCGAUCUGUGUGGGAAGACCUUCCUCUUCAACUGCAGGCUGCUGAUACACCAGAGGUACGUGCAUGCCGACAGGAGCGAGGAAACAGACGGCGCACAAAGAUCUUUAGAGAGCGGCAGGCGGAGCAAGUCUUUGGUUAAGCCGUUCAGUUGCAAAAUUUGUCUGAAAGGUUUCAGCUCCGCGGGUUCUCUCAAGCUUCAUGAAAAGGGCCACAGCGAGCACAAGGAGUUCAACUGCAGCCUAUGUGGGAAGUCUUUCCAUAACAAGUACUCUUUCAGCUAUCAUCAGAGGAGCCAUUCGGGGGAGAAGCCGUUUGUCUGUGACGUGUGCGGGAAGAGAUUUUUCCACGCCGGCAGCCUGAAGCAGCACGAGCGGAUUCACACUGGUGAAAAACCAUACAAAUGCGACCAGUGCGGCAAGGCCUUCAGAACGGACGGAAACUUCUACAGGCACUUACGGAUCCACACGGGCGAGAAGCCAUUCGAAUGUUUGUACUGUAACAGGAAGUUCCACCAGUCCAAUCAGCUCAAGUCCCACAUGCAGAUCCACACGGGGCAGAAGCUCUACUCGUGCCAGCAGUGCGGCCGCGGCUUCUCUGAUUCAAGGCAGCUCAAGAAGCACAGCUGUGACGGCUCGUAGGCGACGCGACGCCGCGGCGACGCUCAGCUGAUCAACAAAGAGGUGAACUCAGGUCAGUUUAGUGAAUGAGUGACACAGCAGUUUGUUGUAUUCAGGGAAACAAAAUUUCUUGUUUGUGGUUCGGUGCCUUUGAACUGAUACAGUUUGCUCAGUUAACAUACUGGUUUAAAAAUUCAUCCAUUGUAGUUUUGAAAAUAUGGUCAGCUGUUGCAGUCAUUGAAAAAGAAUACAAACUGUUUGGCUGUGAUAGCUUCACUGUGGCAAAGGGGGGUUUAUUUUCUUCAUAUUAUAAACUUAUAGCUUUUGUUUUGGCUGUUAAUCAGUUCACACUUUGGGGCUGUGGUAACACAUUUGUUAUUAUUCUUGAUUUAUUAGAGUUAAGGGAGUAAUUAAGACAGUAACUGAACGUAGUCACAGUUCUGCGCCCUUUAUUCACCGAAGAGGUUAGCAGCGAUGUUGGUGGCAUUUAGUCUAUUUUUUUUCUUUUCUUUUUUUUUUAAAAAAAAAAUAAUGUAUUUACCUUAGCUUUUGAAAUAAUUGAAAACACAGAUGCUACUGUUUACCUUUUAAAAAUCCCAAAGUUUCCAACAGUGUCAAAUGCAGAGAAGAUGCCAGCUUCAUGUUUUGAAGGUAUCCUGACAAUAACUCAUGUUUGACUUCAUUAGCUGAGGUGAUAUUAAAGUGAAGAUUUAGUUAAUUUUAGUUAUUUUUAAAAUUUUGUUUUUACAACUGCUUUGUAUUAAUUUAUGUUUUGGGCAUUCAUAAUUCCUCAACAGAAUGCCAUUAAGAUGUAAUUAUUUUCAAGUAAAAAUUGAAAUUGUAAAAUGCCUCUCUAAUGUAUAGUUCUGUGUACUAUGGGCACUGUGUAUAUAUUUUUGUUUGUAUUGCAAUUAAAGAAUAUUUUCAAUUGGA